UUACAUGGCGUCGCUGGUGUGUGGUGCCUGUUAUCCAAGCCUCCUCCCUUACAUCACAACAUCACUGCAGCCUUCCGUCCGACUGUCCCAAGAUGAUGCUUUCUUCUUUAAGGACAGCAUUUUUCUGCGGUUGUAGGAGCGCGGGGACCGGAUUUAAACACAGAAAUCAAGCGCCGCAGCUCCGACAGUGGCUGGUGAGGAGAAGCCAGAGCAGCAUCACAUCUGAGGCGGGACCCUCGUCCUCCGCUGCAAGUGCUACUGUCCCAAAUGCGGCCACCAAUCGCAUCGUGGGUCGGUGGUUGCUUGGGUGCAGUGGACUUGUGGUGGGUGCCGUUGUCCUGGGGGGUGUCACCAGAUUGACAGAGUCCGGUCUGUCCAUGGUCGACUGGCACCUGGUUCGAGAGAUGAAACCUCCUCAGUCGCAGGCAGAGUGGGAGGCCGAGUUUUCCAAGUACCAACAGUUUCCCGAGUUCAAGAUAAUGAACCACGACAUGACGCUGCCAGAGUUCAAGUUCAUUUACUACAUGGAGUGGGGUCACCGUAUGUGGGGCAGACUGGUGGGCCUGGCAUACAUCCUGCCCACCAUCUACUUCUGGAAGAAAGGCUAUUUCACACGCUCCAUGAAAGGAAGAGUCCUGGGCCUGUGUGGCUUUGUCUUCUUCCAGGGGCUGCUGGGUUGGUACAUGGUGAAAAGUGGUCUGGAGGAGAAGCCGGAGUCGUACGACGUCCCACGGGUCAGCCAGUACCGUCUGAGUGCUCACCUUGGCUCCGCCUUGCUCCUCUACUGUGCCAGUCUCUGGACGGGGCUCACGCUGCUGCUGCCUGCCCACAAGCUAGCAGAGACAAAACGCCUGCUGCAGCUCAGAAGAUUUGCCAAAGGGACAGGUGGCCUGGUCUUCCUCACUGCUCUCUCAGGUGCCUUUGUGGCCGGGCUGGAUGCAGGACUGGUCUACAACUCCUUCCCCAAGAUGGGAGAGCGAUGGAUUCCUGACGACCUGCUGGCCUUCUCGCCGACUUUGAAGAACUUUUUUGAAAACCCCACAACAGUGCAGUUCGACCACAGAAUUUUGGCGGUGUCAUCUCUGACGGCUAUAACCGGUCUCUACAUGUUCUCUCGGAGGAUGGUACUUCCGAGGAGAGCCAAGGUUGCCAUCAGCCUCCUGACUGCGAUGGCCUACGCACAGGUCGCUCUGGGCAUCAGCACUUUAUUGCUGUACGUGCCGACUCCGCUGGCAGCGACACACCAGUCUGGCUCAGUGGCACUUCUGUCGCUGGCCAUUUGGGUCCUAGCAGAGCUGCGGAGGAUCCCCAAAUAAACACCUGUGUCUUCACAAACAAUGAACUGUGAUCCUCACCAAGUGAGCCGAGACUGACUUUCUCACUUUGGUACUUCUGCUUAUGGAGAUUAAUUUAUGACAAUAAAAGCAAAAGGGUUUCUCUUCAACCAGGUGAGACGCUGUGAAUCAGGAAAAGAUGGACUAGAGUGAUGAUGAUGAUGAUUGAGUGUAAUGGUUCAAAUGCCACUCAGGUUUAAGACAAAUAUAACAGGCUUUGUAGCUACUAGGGCGUAUGUGCGUCUGCAAAACAUGAAAAAAUAUUUUUUCUGCGUAACCGAGAAGCAGGCGUCCAUUUUUUCACGUUUUGCAGACGCCUAGCUAAAAGCCUGAAAUAUAAGGUUAACAAAUGUUAACCUUUCAACAGCAGACAAUAAUGGCGACACGCCUGCAACCAUCAUGGCUUUCUAGUGAAAUCAGAUGUUUUCUGUUUUUAUCCAUUCAAAUAACAGAAUAUAUUCUUGCUCGCUGUCAAUAAUAAUAACAGGAGAUUUCAAUUGUAAAUGUCUGGAAGAGCAAUUAAAAAACACUGGUUUAUUUCAU